CCAUUACAGCCAAUUUCUUGUCUUUUCUUUUGUUCAAUAACUAAUAAAAACUCCACAUAAUAAAAUCUUUUUUCUGAACAUACACAGCUGGGAAACCACCAGGAUUUCCUCAUUUCUAUAUAUAUAUAUAUAAAAAUGGGUUAGUGAGAUUUUCCACCACACUGAAUUCGACUUCUUCCUCUCCAGGGAUCAUGGCAGCUGCCACCAGGGACCUUCAUCCUCUUCCUCUUCCUCUGCUCAUCUUCUGCCUGUUUUUCAUCAGCGGCUGCUCUUCUCUGCCAACCGCAGCAGGAGCAGCUGGGAAGGAAAUCCGUGGUCUUCGAAGACCUCGCUCUGAAACCCGGGUGUUUACCACAGAGGACUACGACAACCUGGAAUACAGGGUCACACCUUCACCUCCUGGCAAAAACGUGUCUCCAAAUAGAGGAGGUCAGAAAUGUGCCUACGACUCCUGUCUGGAGGGUCAGAUCUCCUGUGCCAAGUUAGCGGCCUCCACCGGCUGCUUGUGUCCAGGCUUCACGCUGCAUGACGUGGCCCCCGAGGCCCCCAGGUUAGUCUCCGUGUCCUGGAAUGGGUCAGACGUGGUGGUCCAGUGGUGUGCUCCGUAUUCUUACGUCACAGCGUACACGGUGACCGUCGGCGGAGAGGAGAGGAAGCAGUUCGGGAAGGAGCUCAGGAGCGGGGCCGUGGGCGACAUCGAGAACAUCUCCGAGGUCUGUGUGCUGGCGGUGAACGACAGCGGGGCCAGCGCAGCCUCCUGCUCCAUGUACCGUCCCGUAGACCGGGGUCUGCCCGUGAGAGCGGGCAUCAUCGCAGGAGGCGUGGGCUUCCUGCUGCUCCUGCUGCUGCUGGUCUUCAUCUACAGACGCCGGAGGGCCACGGGUCACAGACGGUGAGGAGAACACCUGACGCCUCACCCCGUAUGACUCUCCCCCAGGGUGACUUCACUGCACUGACCCGGGCGUCCUGGGAGCCAGUUUCAUCAUCUCAUUUAAAAGCACUUGACUGUCAUUUUCAGUGGGAAAGAAAAAUGAGAGUAUUUUGGAAAAAAAAAACUUGAAAAUCAGCUGUGAAAAUCCAAAAAAAAAAGGAUGACGGAAAUCUUUAAUGGAAAGGAAUUUUUCCCAAAAUAUAUAUUGUUAUUAUGUUAUUUUUUUAGUUUAUUUUAUGCUAUAUUUUAUAUAUUUAAACUCGACAUUUUCAUAAAAACACACAUUUUUGAGGGGGAAAAUGUGACGCAACUCUGAGGAAAACCUGGUUUACAUUAACACAGAUUAUUUUUUAUGGGCCCAAAAAAUGGUUUUGUUUUGAAGCUGCGUGUCAGUGUUUCAACCAAUAACAAUGUGACGUUUCUUCACUUUGACUGAGGGGGAAAAAAACAAAAAAUCACUAGAAAUAGUUUUAAAACAGACGAUUUUUUAACUGGAUAAUCGAGCUAACGGUGGUGAUUCACACUUGGAGCGACGUUGUUUUUAACAGUGUAUGUAAUAGAUUACACCGCUUCUUUAAAUCUCUCUAUGAGAGACAUUAUUAGAGUGUGUGUUUAUUUACAGUAUAAAAGGCUCGACUGUGGUUUCAGGACCGAAGGUAAAUUAUGUGACGUGUUUUUAUUUUAUUUUGUAUUUGUUUUGUAUUUGU